AUGAUAAAAAAUAAGUAUUUAUUUAAAAUAAAGAGUAUCAGAACUUGAUAUAAAAAAUGAUAAAUUAAAAGAUAAAGUUGAAAUUAUAAAUGAUCUAUAUGAAUAAGAGUAUAUUAAUUGUUAAUCAAAACAGAAAACUCAAUAAAUCUUGUAUUUAAAUUAUUUGAAACUAAUUUAUAGAUGUGGUAAGUUGUAAAAUAAAGUUGCAUAAAAUGACAUUAAAAUUUUGGAACUUCAAAAUGCAUUAAAAUAUAGAGAUGAUUAAAUUACUUAAAAUGAAUAAAGAAUAUAGAAAAAUUGGAAAUAAAUCUAAAACCUUAAGAAAAUAAAACAAUCCAAAAAUAUAAUGAGUUAUUGA